UAUAUACUGACAUCAUCUGGUCGGGUUAAUAGACUGACAUCUGAUUGUGUUUUUAGUUUGUAAGAACUCGUCCUACAGAAACAUCCUCCUGGAGAUGUUCCCAAACAUCAGAGUGUUGGAUGGUGAAAGAGUGGUUGGACGUGGGAGUGACUUAUAUAAAUUAUGCAAAGACAUUGAUGAAACUAUCAAAGCUGGUUUCUAUAGGAAUGGCCAGUUACCAGAGCUGCCUGGCUGUAAGCCCUGGGUCGACAACGACUUCUGGGAAAUCAAGAGAUCCAGCAACGCCAUUAUAGACGAGGCCUACAAACAGUUCAAUGACGUCCUUCAUGAAUGCAGACUGCUGAACAACAGAGCAACACACGUCAUCUCACAGACAGAGAGAUCUCUGAGCCUCAAGAACCAGCCAAAGCAGUACUCUGUUUAAAAUGCGGUUUACAACAGGCAACAUUGAUUGUGAAGUGUGUUUGUGUGAUAUGUGUUACUUACAUGAAACGAUGUCAUGGCUUCAUGUAUUUGUAUUAAUGAUGUUGAUUUAUAUCCGAAUGCUUGACCCAGUGCCAGAACCUUGACAUGCUCAGCAUUACGUUGCAGACAGUGCUGCAUAGUGACACCUAGAGGAUACAUAACUACCCUUGGGUCUAGUGUAGCCAAUGUAAAGCCUCAUACCCCCUUGGGUCUAGUGUAGCCAAUGUAAAGCCUCCUACCCCCUUGGGUCUAGUCUAGAGUAGCCAAUGUAAAGCCUCCUACCCCCUUGGGUCUAGUCUAGAGUAGCCAAUGUAAAGCCUCCUACCCCCUUGGGUCUAGUCUAGUGUAGCCAAUGUAAAGCCUCCUACCCCGUGGGUCUAGUCUAGUGUGGCCAAUGUAAAGCAUCCUACCGCCUUGGGUCUAGUCUAGUGUAGCCAAUGUAAAGCCUCCUACCCCCUUGGGUCUAGAGUAGCCAAUGUAAAGCCUCCUACCCCCUUGGGUCUAGUGUAGAGACUAGUCUAGUCUAUACUACACUCUUAGAAAAAAAGGUGCUAUCUACAACCGAAAAGGGUUCUUCGGCUGUCCCCAUAGGAGAACCCUUUUUGGUUCCAUGUGGUACCCUUCGGCUGUCCCCAUAGGAGAACCCUACCCUACCCUCUACAGACGUCUACAGACUUCUACCCUCUACAGACGUCUACAGACUUCUACCCUCUACAGACGUCUACAGACUUCUACCCUCUACAGACGUCUACAGACUUCUACCCUCUACAGACGUCUACAGACUUCUACCCUCUACAGACGUCUACAGACUUCUACCCUCUACAGACGUCUACAGACUUCUACCCUCUACAGACGUCUACAGACUUCUACCCUCUACAGACGUCUACAGACUUCUACCCUCUACAGACGUCUACAGACUUCUACCCUCUACAGACGUCUACAGACUUCUACCCUCUACAGACUUCUACCCUCUACAGACGUCUACAGACUUCUACCCUCUACAGACUUCUACCCUCUACAGACGUCUACAGGCUUCUACCCUCCUGAGUGCUAAGUAGCCUACAGCCUCCAGUUCCAACCAACUCUGUGGGUUCAGCCCCAUUGUCUUACAUCAGAUAACGAUGAUUCCCCUUAUCGUCGGUUGAGGGACGACCGUUGCGUAGGAUCGACGCCACCUGCCGUAAGACAAUGGGUGCAGACGUGGAUCCAUAUUGACACCACUUAGGUGCCAUAAGGUGUUUACUGUGCUCACUAUGCACAGCGCUGUGUGUUGAGUGAUGCUGAGCCAUGCUGCUAUUACAAUACUGCUAUUGUUUAAAACUAUCAACAUUAUCAAAGCUUAUCCAUAUUGCACUACUUCAUCAUUGAUGGCGAAGUGUUUGUUUUAUUAUGCUGGCAUUGGGAGUGAUGCCUAUGUAGUGAAUUAACACAGUUUGACUUGUUUCUACUUGUUCUGCUGCCGUUAAUAAGGUCAACGAUAGCAGUACACGGAAAAUACUAUCUGCCAUUAAAAUGACUAAUAAACAGGCGGAAUUGCUGGUUUUGUUCCCAAA